AUGACUUCAAUUGGUACUGGUUACGAUUUAUCCAAUAGUGUUUUCUCUCCAGAUGGAAGAAAUUUUCAAGUUGAAUAUGCUAUGAAAGCUGUUGAAAAUGGUGGUACUUCAAUUGGUAUUAAAUGUAAAGAUGGAAUAGUAUUAGCGGUGGAAAAAAUCAUUCAAUCGAAAUUAUUAAUCCCCAAGAAAAAUAAACGAAUUCAAACCGUCGAUAGAAAUAUCGGGGUAGUUUAUUCUGGUUUAUUACCUGAUGGACGUCAUUUUGUCAAUAGAUGUCGUGAUGAAUGUCAAUCAUUCAAAUCAAUUUUCAAAACUGUUAUGUCAAUACCUAAUUUAAUGGAUAGAAUGGGUAUUUAUGUCCAAAAUUAUACUUGUUACAAUUCUGUUCGUCCAUUUGGUAUAGUAUCUAUCAUUGGUGGAGUAGAUAAUGAAGAUGGUGAAUCAUAUUUGUAUAUGAUUGAACCUAGUGGUAGUUAUUGGGGAUAUAAUGGUGCUGCCACUGGUAAAGGUCGACAAAUUGCGAAAUCCGAAUUAGAGAAAUUGAAUUAUGAAGAAUUGACAUGUUUAGAAGCAAUAAAUCAUGCCGCAAGAAUUAUUCAUUUGAGUCAUGAAGAUAAUAAAGAUAAAGAUUAUGAAUUGGAAAUUUCUUGGUGUAGUAAACAACAUACUGGAGGUAAACAUCAAUGCAUUCCUGAUGAUUUAUUAGAACAAGCUAGAAAACUUGCUGAAGAAGAGGAAGAAGAAGAUGAAGAAGAUGAAGGAGAAGAAGCUGGUGAUGAAGAAAUGGCUUCAUAA